CCUUUUCCACGGAUGACUUUGUUUAUGAUAAGAUUGGCAAAUCUCUGGCCUAUAGAAUCAAGCUAUUCACCAUUUUUUUUUCUUUCUCUCCAGUCUUCACAGCAACUUGAGAAACCUUGCCAGACUUUUUCAUUUUAAACUCUGGCUCCCAAUUAAAAAAUUUGAGCUAUACUUUGUGGCUUAAAUUAAUGGAGAUCUCAUCCAUGGGUGUGAGGAUUUGGUCAGUAUUCAUGCAACUGUUUCCCCUGAUGAUCAUCACUUUGGCCUCUUCAAAUCUGAGAGGAAAUGAGGUGGAAAGACUGUCCUUGCUUGCCUUCAAAUCUGAAAUUGUCAGUGAUCCUCUGGGCAUCCUUAGCUCCUGGAGUGAUUCCUCCAACUUAUGUGAUGAGUGGCGAGGGAUUACUUGCGGCCGAAGACACCCGAGAGUCACGGUUCUGGACCUCCAGUCAAGCCAGCUGACGGGUACCCUAUCUUCACACAUCGGAAACUUGAGCUUUCUCAGGACAUUAAAUCUCCAAAACAAUAGCUUCCACGGCACCAUCCCUCAAGAAGUUGGUCGAUUGUCCCGGCUGCAGGGACUACACCUCGGGUACAACUUGUUCAGAGGUUAUAUCCCCAUCAAUAUAUCACAUUGUUCUAAUCUCCAAUCUCUUGUUUUGGCUACUAACCAUCUUACUGGCAAAAUUCCAAUAGAAAUUGGCUCAUUGUUGAAGCUUGAAGAACUUAAUGUGCGCAGGAACAAUUUAUCAGGGGAAAUUCCCCCUUCCCUUGGAAAUCUUUCUUCUCUUGAGAUUCUUUCUGUGGAAGGAAAUAAUCUGCAAGGUGGCCUCAUGAAUAGCCUUGGGAAAUUGAAAAGCAUAAGAGUUCUUGCAUUGGGUACAAAUAGAUUUUCUGGUACCAUCCCUCCCUCCAUAUACAACCUUUCUUCAAUUCAAAACAUUUCUGUGAUUGGAAACCAAUUUCAUGGAACUCUUCCUUCAGGGUUGGGCUACACAAUAUUUCCAAACCUUCAAAUCUUUCAGUUCCAAAUGAACAGCUUCAGCGGACCAAUUCCAUCUACGAUCUCAAACGCAUCCAACCUUUCACUAUUUGGGAUCUCUGAUAAUAUUUUUACCGGAAAAGUCCCUAGUCUGGCAAGACUGUCCAAUCUGGUUCGGUUGGAAAUUGAUGAUAAUAUUCUUGGAAAUGAGGAUGAUGACUUGGAAUUUCUCUCUUCUCUGGUUAAUUGUACCAGUUUAGAACUUAUGGAUAUUAGUGGGAAUAAAUUUCAAGGAGUGCUACCUGAAUCUAUCAGCAAUCUCUCAAGAAACCUCGAGGUAAUGAGCUUAGGAAGGAAUCAGCUAAGCGGAAGCAUUCCUAUUGGGAUUGGAAAUCUCCUCAACGUGGGAGUACUAAGCUUAAAGGAAAACCUAUUGACAGGCAACAUACCAAAUUCAGUAUGUGAGAUAAGUAGAUUGUACGAUCUGUUUUUAAGUUAUAAUCAUCUAUCAGGUACUAUCCCAUCUUGUCUGGGAAACCUAACUUUGUUAAGUAGCUUAGUUCUCCAGUCAAACAACUUGCAAGGUGGCAUACCACAAAGUCUUGGUCAGUGCAAGAAUUUGUUAGAAUUGGUUCUUUCUCAAAAUCAUCUCAUCGGACCUAUUCCGCAAGAAGUCUUCCGUUUAUCAUCCCUGUCACUAGUUUUGGAUUUAUCCAGUAACCACCUUAGUGGUUAUAUUCCCAAUGAAGUAGGUUCUUUGCAUAAUCUUGGUUCCUUGAAUCUUGCUCAAAAUAGAUUAUUUGGGGAAAUUCCACUAGGUUUAGGGGCAUGCUUAAGCUUAGAAAGUUUGAACCUCAAUGGAAACUUGUUGCAGGGGGGAAUUCCUCAAUUUUUAAGUUCGUUGAGAGGGAUUGGAGAUCUCAACCUCUCUUGUAACAGCUUCUCUGGAAAAAUUCCCAAUUAUUUGCAGAGGUUCCCCUUCUUGCAGAAUUUAGACCUCUCAUUUAAUGAUUUUGAAGGUGAAGUACCCAUUGAAGGAAUUUUCAGGAAUACAAGUGCGGUUUCUCUCAUGGGAAACAGAGGACUUUGUGGAGGUAUACCUCAGUUAAGAUUGCCUAUAUGUACCAGUAUCACCCCCGAUCAACCUAGGAAGCCGCCUAAGCCAGCUAAAGCAUUAAUACAUUAUAAGCUGGCUGUUCUCAUAAUUUCUUCUGGGGCCGUUGGAGUUAUUUGGUUAUUGUACUUUGUGCUCCUUUAUAGAUCAAGAGAAUCAAGAGUUGAGUCAUCUUCAGAACCAUCAUUGGAUGUUUCAUUCUUAAAAUUGUCAUACAGAGAUCUCCUGAAAGCAACUGAUGGCUUUUCUUCUCAGAAUUUAAUUGGUUCCGGUAGCUCUGGUUCUGUGUACUGGGGAGUUCUUGAUCAGCCUGAAGAAAGAAUUGUUGCUGUGAAAGUACUCAAUCUUCAGAGUUCAAGAGCUUCUAGAAGUUUCAUAUCUGAAUGUGAAGUGCUGAAAAGCAUAAGGCACCGGAAUCUUGUCAGACUAGUGACUGCUUGCUCAAGUAUUGAUUUUCAAGGGAACGAAUUCAAAGCUUUGGUCUUUGAGUUCAUGUUGGAUGGAAAUCUAGAUGAAUGGUUACACUAUUCAGCUGAAAGAGUGGUUGGGGCCCCAAUUGUGCUGCUUCAUUUGAAUCUUCUUCAAAGGGUAACGAUUGCCAUUGACGUAGCUAGUGCUCUGGAUUACUUGCACAAUCGCUUUCACGUCCCAAUAGUUCACUGUGAUUUGAAGCCGAGUAACAUUCUCCUAGAAAAUGACAUGACUGCCUGUGUUUGUGAUUUUGGGUUAGCAACCUACCUCCCAGAUACUUCUUGUCCAGUCCCUUCAGUGCAGAACCCUUCCAAUUCGAUAAGGGGUACCAUUGGCUAUAUUGCCCCAGAGUAUGGCAUGGGAAGUGCGGUGUCAACAUAUGGGGACGUAUAUAGCUAUGGAAUCCUGUUACUGGAGAUGCUUACUGGUAAGAGGCCAACAGACAACAUGUUUAGAGAUGACAAGAACUUGCACAACUUUGUUCUGAUGGCUUUGCCUGAACGUGUGAAAGAAAUAUGUGAUCCGGUGCUUCUUCAAGAAAAGGAAAGCAGCACUAGUACAAAUCCCGCAAGCAAUAGGAGUGAUGUCCAAAAUGAUGAAACACAAAGAGUUGAAGAGUGCCUUAUUUCCAUUGCUAGGAUAGGAGUUGCUUGUUCCGUGCAUUUGCCCAAAGCGCGAAUGGAGAUUGGGGAAGUUUUAGCUGAAUUACGUGUAAUAAGGGAUGUACUGACUGGAACCGGGAUGCCUAUAGAGCAUAUGAUCACUGCCUAAGGCCUUAGCCGCCGCCAAUGAUUUGUUGUGGGAGAGUCCACAUAGAGUCACAGAUAAACCCGCUUUCAUUAUUUGAGCUCUGAUUCGGAAAAUCCAAUGGACUGCCUCUUCUUUCAAGACACGUGUUAAGACGGAUUUUAUCAAACGGGUUUCUGCAUCACCCACCAAAACCUUGAUGAAUAGCCCUGCUCUGAUUUCAACAGCACCAUAUUUUCUGCCUAAUUUUCUCCCGCAAAAUUCAAAAUGUAAACUCUAACCAAAUCUUUAGAAUAAAAAAGUAACUUUUCUCAACUUAAAUUGAACCUUAUUGAAGAAUUUAAGUAAAGUUCUGUCAUUAAGAACCCCGUGAUUUUGUUUUCUUUUCAAUAUACUACAGUAAAACUACUACUGCAGUAAAUUUGGUGCACCAUAAACAUUUCUCUUUGGCUUGCACUAGAUAUGACAGAUCACAGGCACAAGCCAUUCAAGUUAUCAUGUCUAUGAAACAGAGAACAUAUAUAGCAGGGAUGAUAAACAUGGUGUAAAGAAUAGAU